AAAGUAGAAUACAAAUUUUUAUUUUUUUGUCAUUUGUUUUUUGUUUUUGACUUGAUAAAUUUGAAUCUAAAUUCUAAUUUAGUGUAAUAAAACAAAAUGUUGGAACAAGUGAAGCAAGUAAUUUUAGUGUUAUCGGGCAAAGGUGGUGUUGGUAAAUCUACAGUUAGUACACAAUUGGCACUAACACUUAAAGAAAAGGGAUUUAAGGUCGGUCUCCUAGACAUAGACUUAUGUGGUCCCAGUAUUCCCUAUAUCUUAAACCUGGAAGACCAUAAUAUCCAUCAAGGACCUGAAGGCUGGAUCCCAGUAUACCUGGAUAAGGAACAGAGGCUUGGUGUCAUGUCUAUUGGGUUUCUAUUGAACUCAAGGAAUGAUGCUGUUGUGUGGAGAGGACCGAAGAAGACAUCUAUGAUUAAACAGUUUCUAGAAGAUGUCUGCUGGCAAGAAUUAGAUUUUCUUGUUAUUGAUACUCCACCAGGUACAUCAGACGAGCACAUCACAGUAAUGGAGAACCUUCGUCAAGUGCAGCACAGCUCCGCUAUCCUGGUGACCACACCGCAGGAAGUAGCCAUCGAGGAUGUGAGGAAGGAAAUCACGUUCUGUAGAAAGACUGGUAUACCAAUAAUGGGUAUUAUUGAGAAUAUGAGCGGCUACGAAUGCCCCACAUGCAGUCACUGUACGAACAUUUUCUCCAGCGGCGGGGGGCAAUCUCUAGCCGAGUUAGCAAAGAUUCCCUUCCUGGGGACAUUACCCAUUGACCCCCGGGUGGGGCAACUCGCUGGGAAGGGCCUAGCUGCAGUUACAGAAUUGCCUGAAUCCAGUACUUGCAAAGUUUUUAGUACUCUAGUAGAUCAACUAGGCAGUUUAAUGCGAAAUGGCGCGUGAUUUUGCGUUGUAUAAGUUUAAGAUAAGGGUAAUAUGUAAUACACAUCAACAGUCUAGGGAUAUUUUGUAUUUUACAAAUAUCUAAAAAUCUAUGAAGAAUUAUGAUAAUGGAAUAAUUAUUAUAUUAUGAAGAAUUAAAA